GGCAUUUGAACAUGGCUAUCCUAUUCUUCUUCCUUGGUCUUUUCUUCUCAAGGCUGAAUAUAUCCUGCUUCUUCAAGCUUUCAUCUUAGUUUGUAGACCUUGUAAUUAUCCAUAUUUAAUGCAAUAGGUAAAAGGAUGGCUUACCAAAAAGUCCAUGCGGACCAGAAUGCACAGUAUUUAGAUAGUGAAGACCUUCAAGCCACUUCCCUGGAGUUAGAAUGGGACAUGGAGAAAGAACUGGAGGAGCUGAGCUUUGACCAUUUUACUUUGGAUGGAGCAGUCCGUCAACCAACUGAGAGUAUGCAAAAUGCUGACUCGGAGUGCAUUCAGCCAUCAGUAUCUCCCAAAGGAAGAUUUGAAAGGCUCCAGGAAGAUCCAGAUUAUAUUUCUCACCGGACCCAGCAUCCACCAAAGACCAAUUGCUGCAGCUUUUGCUGGAUAUUUAAGCUAUUUUGCACCGCUACAAGUUUAUUUAUUUUGGGGAUUUUGAUAGGCUACUAUGGACAUGCACAAUGCCCACCUUUACCAACAUCUUCAGAAGCUAGUAAUCCUGCCAUCAUUCAGGAUAUUCUUGAAGAUAUCGGAGCAAAAGAUCUUGCAGACAUUUUCAGAGAUUUGAUACAGCAGAAUGGAAAAGAAGAUAGAGAUGUUGCAACAAAACUUCUGGGUCAGUGGACAUCCUUAGGUCUUGAAGAUGUCCAGCUUAUCAACUACACUGUCUUGCUUGACUUGCCAGGCUCUUCUCCAAAUACAGUGACUCUGAAUAACACUGGGGAAUGCUAUUAUCCUAAUGGACAGCCAUGUAACAAAGAGACCCAAACUCACCACAGUCAAGACCUUCUGUACUCCUAUGCUGCUUACUCUGCCAAAGGAACUCUCACGGCUGAAGUCUUUGAUGUACAAUAUGGAAGUCCAGAAGAUUUGCUCAGGAUUAAACGGUUUACUAAUGUGUCCAGCAAAAUUGCUCUUUUGAAACUUGGACACAUGCCUUUGCUAUAUAAGGUUAGUACUGGAUUUUUUUCCCCAGUGCAUUUUUUCUUUCUGGUUUUUGAAUUGCAAGUAAUAACUUGCAAUCUGUGAUGUGGUCUUGUAAAGCUGCAUUUAAUUGUUUCUUGUUUCUUUGGUCCCCAAAGUUAUAAAUGUUAUAAACCCUUUCUCUAAUGAACUGAU